AUGAGGCUGUGGCAAUGGGUGUCCUUGUGGGUGUGGCUGGCCGGGCUGGGUACCAUAGGCACAGCACCCAGCCAGAAGAGGAGCGAGACUAUAGCCCCAGGAGCCGACUCGCCACUCUUCCUAGAUAGAGUUGAUUUCUUUGAUUAUCCAGACUCGGACCAAGCCAGCCUGCUGGCUGUGGCCCAGAUUAUUGGAGAGAAACCAGUCAUCUUUGUUAAGACAGGUAUGAGCCCUGGGCUCUUUCAUCACAUCCUGGUGACUAUCCUGGUGGUGGCUUUCUUGUUUCUCCUGUUCCAGUUCUGCACCCACAUGAACUUCCAGAAAGGAGCUUAGGACUGGGAGAGGAGCCCUGAACAUUCACACUAUGUUUUCUGGGACACCCCCACCCCCAGCCUCUCUGGCUGAUAAAUA